GGCGCCGUCCCACUACUAAUACUUUUGCUUAGCAUGAUUUUGCUAUAACUCACUGUCCAUUUUCGGACAACUUUCUCGUUAGGGUUGGACUACUAUCUCUUUGAAGAAAUUUAAUAUAUUUUAUCAACUUUAAUAUUUUUGUGGGAUUUUCAAGUUAUUAAUCGUAAUAAUUUUGAUAAUUUCUGAUGCAAUAAAACAAUGAGUGUAAUCGAAAUCAUCGAAAUAAGUAGUGACCAAGAUGAUGAUGACGCUUCUACAUUAGUUGAUGUUUCGCUUGAAAAAACUGAUGAUAUUGAUGUGCAACAAUACAGUGAUAGAAGAAUAACAAAGACUCAGCCACAAUAUAAAGACGCUAAUAAUCCAGAAAUUAUUGACAGUCAAUAUUUGAUAAAUAAACUAAUAAAUAGUAAUGCGAAGAUUAUUAACAGUCUCAUGGAACAAAACCAAUUAUUAUCUUUCACUAAUGAUUCCAUUUCACAGGGUAACGAUGAAUAUUUAAAAUUGUAUGCUACACGGUAUGAAAAUAAUAUUAUGGAUUCCCUCAGUCGUAUAAAGAUUGUGAAAAUCGAAUCAUUGAAUGUACAAGAAAAUUUGACUGCGGAUAUUAUAGACAGUUAUAAUGAUAACGAUGUACAGGAAGUAAUUCCUGACAGUAACAGACAAAAUUCGAGUAAUGGGAAUACGAAUCAAUUAAACUUAAAAAAUAUUGAAGAGACAACAAAUGAUAUUUGUCAUCAAGAAUCAUCUACUGUGAUUGAAACUCCAAUUGAUAAUGAAUUUCCAUUAUUUAAACGGAAAGAUUUGAAAGAAAUUUCAAAUAGUAAACUCCAAACUAAAAUAAUUUCUAAUUAUACAUUAAAUAUAUUAAAAAAAUAUCUUCCAUUGGUUCGACUUGAUAGGAUCACAAUACCUGAAACCAAUAUUAUUUCUUCAAGCAAUGCAAAAAACAACACAAAUUCUUCAAGUAACGCAGUAAACAAUAUAAAUCCUUUGAGUAACGCAGGCAACGAUAUUAUUUCUGUAAGUAACGAAGAAAGCAAUAUAUUUUCUUCACGUAACGCAGAAAACAACGUAAUUCCUACGAGUAACGCAGAAAACGAUACAACUUCUUCAAGUAACGUAGAAAAUAAUUAUUGCAAAGAAUGUAACUGCUUUUUUGCUUCAGCAAAAAAAUCUGUAUAUCAUAAACGGUAUCGUCACAAUGGAAGCAAGCGUUACAACUGUAGAGAAUGUGAUUAUGCAAGUAAUGAUAAAUCGCAUUUAAUAUGUCACAAAAGAAGGCAUACUGGAGAACGUCCAUAUCAGUGUGUUUAUUGUUCGUUUACUUAUAAACAGAGAUGGAGUUUCCAAUUACAUCUGUUAACUCAUAUUGAUAAAAAUUUAUCAUGUGACAUUUGUCAUGAGAAAUUCAAAAAAGUAAAUUUACUAAUAAACCACAUAAUUUAUUAUCAUUCGUUUUCUCCAUCUGUUAGGGCGCGGCAAUGUAAAGUUUGUCAAGAAUUAUUACCAGAUCGAUAUAGUUUAAAGAUUCACACUGAAACCCAUAAAUAUGGAAGUUUCUUUAAAUGUAAUAUUUCAUGUUAUGCAACAAAAUCCUCACAAAACUUAUUGGUACAUGAUAUUGAGAUUAUUGAUCAUAAUAAAUGUAAUAAUAUCUCAUGUAAUCAAACAAUGAGUGUAAUAGAAAUUAUCGAAAUAAGUAGUGGAGAAGAUGAUGAUGGCGCUUCUACAAUAAUGAAUAUGCCACUUGGAAAAACUGAUGAUAUUGAUGUGCAACAAUACAGUGAUAGAAGAAUAACAAAGACUCAGCCACAAUAUAAAGACGCUAAUAAUCCAGAAAUUAUUGACAGUCAAUAUUUGAUAAAUAAACUAAUAAAUAGUAAUGCGAAGAUUAUUAACAGUCUCAUGGAACAAAACCAAUUAUUAUCUUUCACUAAUGAUUCCAUUUCACAGGGUAACGAUGAAUAUUUAAAAUUGUAUGCUACACGGUAUGAAAAUAAUAUUAUGGAUUCCCUCAGUCGUAUAAAGAUUGUGAAAAUCGAAUCAUUGAAUGUACAAGAAAAUUUGACUGCGGAUAUUAUAGACAGUUAUGAUGAUAACGAUGUACAGGAAGUAAUUCCUGACAGUAACAGACAAAAUUCGAGUAAUGGGAAUACGAAUCAAUUAAACUUAAAAAAUAUUGAAGAGACAACAAAUGAUAUUUGUCAUCGAGAAUCGUCUACUGUGAUUGAAACUCCAAUUGAUAAUGAAUUUCCAUUAUUUAAACGGAAAGAUUUGAAAGAAAUUUCAAAUAGUAAACACCAAACUGAAAAGAUUUCUAAAUCUUCAUUGAAAAAAUUUAAUAAAUGUCUUCCAAUGGUUGAACUUGACAGAAUCUCAGUAUCUGAGAACAACAUAAUUUCUUUAAGCAACGCAGAAAAUGAUAUUAUUUUCGGUCAUGUAAAAGUCACAAUUAUUGACAUCGUAAAAAAUUGUAGUAUAAAAAUGAAUAUAAAUAAUGAUACUGAUACUGUCAAAAUUGAAUUUAAUGAAAAUUCAACAAUUUUAGACCCUGAAUAUCACGAAACAAGAGUUGUUGAUAAGGAAAAUAUGGAAGAUUUAGAUGAAACAAUAAUUAAUGAGCCAAUUGUUAAAGAUACAAUGAAAUUUUUUGAAAAUAAUUUAAACUCACAAGUUGAUAAUAAUUUUAAUUAUUAUUCAGUAAUUAAUUUAUACGAGAGUGAUUUAAAUCCAAGCAAUAAAACUUGGAUAAGUCGAAACAAUUCUUUGUCUUCCGUAAAUUCUGAUCAGGCAAGUUUGCUAACUGAUGAUUUCUUUAUUUCUAAUGAAAAUGAACACCAAGACAAAAGUAAUGAUUUGUUGAGUUACAUCAAAAUUACAAAAGUUGAAUCAUUAAGUGGAAGAAAUGGUUUAUGGACAGAAACUAUAGAUGAAAAUAAUGAUGAAGAACAGAAUAUAAUAUACGAUAUUAAAAAAGAGAAUUUUGAUUAUAAUGACAAAGCUGAUGGAAGUAAUAAAACCAUUGACGAGCAAAAUCAGUUUAAAAAAUGUAUUGACAUGGCUGCAUCAUCGACGCCAGUUAAAAAUACUUCACUUGCAAAUAAAACUUCAGUUUUAAAUAAUGAUAAUUUUAAAAAUAAUCAAAUUUCGUUAAUAGAAACUCUUAUAAGUAAUCAGAGACAAAUUAAAGCUGAAGAUAAUACAAAUUCUUUUGAUAAUUCUCAUCACAUAUCAAAUAUUCCAAAGUCUUUUCUUCCUUCUGUUCUGCUUGAAAGAAUUGAAGUGCCUGGAAAAGUUAUUGGAACUUCAAAAUCAGUUGCGAAGACUAAUGAAACAAAAUUAACAGAAGUAUCAUUUGAAAGUGAAACUAAUAAACCAGUUGAUUCAGAGAAGCUAUUAAAAAAUAAUAAACCGCGUCGUCGUAUUGGUAAACUACCUUGUAAGGAAUGUGGUUACUUAGCCCUCAGUAAAUCUUACUUGAAUCUUCAUAUGCGAAAACAUAGUGAUGAGAAACCUAUACAGUGCCCAGAAUGUCCAUUUAGAACUUCUUAUAAAUCUAGUCUGACACCUCACAUGCGUCGAUAUCAUCCAGAUCAAAUAGUUGCUUGUAAGCCCCGUGAUUCCAAGCUCACAACAGCAAAUCAUCUGAAGAAAAGUAUGCGCAUUCAUACUGAAAAAGAUCCAAUCACGUGCGAUAUUUGUAAAAAAACGUUUAGAAAGUUGUCUUAUUUGAAACGACAUAUGAUUUGUCAUUCUGACGAAAGACCGUAUGAGUGUAAUAUUUGUCACUUUAAAUUUAAGAGAGCAUAUGACCUGACAUCUCAUCUGGGAACGCACAUAGUUACGCAUACAGAAAAGCAUACAGAAAAGCAUCAAUGUAAAAUUUGUUCAAGGGAAUUCACGCGUAUUUAUUAUCUUAAUAUGCACUUAAAAGUUCACUCAGAAAAACAAUAUAAAUGUGAAAUUUGUAACCGGAAUUUCCUUCAUUUGUAUUUUUUAAACCAACACAUUGAACUUCACAAGCCUUGUCCUCCCGGCGAAGUAUUAAAGUGUCAAUUUUGCCAUGAAAGUUACAACGACCAAUUUAGUUUACGAAACCAUACUAAAACUCACAAACAAGGAAAAAUUUAUAAAUGCACCGUAUGCUGUUACAAAACAACAGAUUCACUUGCAUUAAUAGAACAUGCCAACGACCAUACGAAUAACAAAUUAUGUAUCUGUUACCAAUGUGGGCAUUCAUUUGAAAAGAAAAAGUUUUUAAGACAACACAUGAUUCAGAAUCACAUUGAAAAGAAGCAGGCAUCAAAAAGAAAACGACCAAAAAUAAAUUAAGAUUUAUUUACUUUAUUUAAACGAUAAUACAAAAAUGUGUACAUCUGUGAUAAUAAUUUAUAGACAUAUAUAUCAACAAUAGUUGAAAUAUACAAUUAAAAACGUCAGCCAGAGAACUAACUCAUAGAUCAACAAUUAUGUCUUGACGUAAAUACUGUAGAAGAGUACUACAGAAUUUUGAUUUUAUGUUUUUUUCAUUUCUAGAUCUUUAAACUUAAAAAUUUUUUAUUAUAUUUUAUACUUAAUUUUGUGGAUUAAUUUUUGAUAAAUACAAGUAUAACUUUUUGAAGUACAA